AUGUUCCAAGUCGCUUUCAGAAGAACCUCUUCGUUGUUACAAAGAUCGAACGUCCGCCUGCUAUCGUCGAGCCCCGCCAGACGCAACGUCGUCCAGGAACUGUACUUGAGAGAGCUCAAGAAUGUCAAGCUGAGUCCAAUCACUGCUAAGGAUGCAGAGGGGAGUGUCAAGCCAUGGAGUGAGCCGGUAAAGCCAAGCAUCCCUGACGUCGAGGCACAGGGCAACGAUGCGUUGAAGGCGUAUCAAGACGAGCUGGUGGAGACCAAGGGCAGCGAGGCAGGCGCAUCGGAAGACGGCAAUAUCGAGGACGACUGGCUUGUCCUGGACGACGUCGAAGAAGAGUCGCACUCGCACUGA